AUGGUCAUCAACCCCACCUACCUCGCUCAGCGCACGCGCUCUUCGGUCAACUGGACUGAUGCGAAGAAGAGGGUCAUUCACAGCUACCGGGACUGGCUCCGGUCGGCUCCCGAAAUCCAGACCAUGUACUCGCUGAACAUGCCCGUAUCCACGCUUCGAACGAAAAUGCGGCAGGAAUUCGAGCGGCAUCGAUACGUGAAUCAACUCAAAACAGUAGAUGUGCUGCUGUUCAACAGUCAUCAGGAGUUCCAGGAAACACUGAACUUCUGGAAACAAUUGUCACACGUUCUCAAAUACUUCCGCGCGGAAGAGGAUCCCAAGGCCCGGCUACCAAGCAACUUCAUCAACGGCUUCUUGGAGGGUCGCAACUGA